UAACAGGCACUUACUGUUACCAUACUAGGGGUGUGGCUGGCUCCUCUCUCUCUCUCUCUCUCUCUCUCUCUCUCUCUCUCUCUCUCUCUCUCUCUCCCUCUCUCUCUCCCUGUCUUUCCCUCUCUCUCCUCUCUUUCUCCUCCCCCUCCCUCUCGAUAAGCUCAAUGGGGCUGUCUAUUUUUAACUUCCUGUUCUUUCCUUUUGGCCGGAUAAUCAGUGUGAGCAGAGAGCGUUCCCUGAAUGAGUGCUGGUAGCCCCGUGGAUGCCUUCUGACAUGACCAGCCGACACACAUCCCUACCAAGGUUGCCCCAGGCUUAAACCCUCCUUCUAAAGUGCCAUGUCCUGCAAAGAAAGUCCCCGAGUGGGUGUUUCCACCACCACCAUCAGCUCUGUAGCUGUGCAAGCUGGGAACUCCAAAAUCGUGAUAGCCGUUGUCAAGUGUGGCAAGUGGGUACAGCUCCAAGUGGCUGAAUCCCAGCCCAAUCUUCUAGAAAUUGGGAGCAGUCAAGAUGAAACCAAGAAACUGCUUCAUGAUCAUGAGCUUCUCCUGGCCAAGCUUAAGGCCUUGGAAGAUCGUGUGUGGGAACUCUUACAGGAAGCAGACAGGACAGCGGAAGCUAACAAGGCUCAAAGUCAGGUGUAUGAUGCCAUGGCCCAGACUCUGGGUGAAGCAUGGACAACCCUGGUCUGCAUGCUUGAAAGAAGAAGGGAGCUCCUGGAGCUGACUUCUGAGUUUUUUGAAAGUGCUUUGGAGUUUGCUAUAAAAAUAGACCAAGCUGAAGCUUUCCUGCAGAAUCCUCAUGAGUUUGGGAGCGUGGAGACCUUACAGUCACUUCUUCAGCUUCAUGACCGCCAUGCCAAAGAACUCUUAGAAAGAUCCCUAGUCCUUUUAAACAAAAGUCAACAACUCACUGACUUCAUAGAAAAAUUCAAGUGUGAUGGAUCUAAUAUGAAUUCUGAGCUGAUUCAGGGAGCUCAGAGUAGCUGUCUGAAGAUCGACAGCCUCCUUGAACUUCUACAAGACAGGAGAAGACAGUUGGUCAAGAACUUGCAGCAACAGCGGCAGGAACUGGCUCAGGUUCUACAGUUGUGUCUGUGGGACCAACAAGAAAACCAGGUUACUUGUUGGUUUCAGAAAAUGAUCAGAGAUCUGCGGGUACAGAGUCUGGGUUCGUCACUUUCCGACAACAAGGAGCUAAUCCGUAAGCACGAGGACUUGGAAGUCAGAGCUAAGGAAUGGAAUUCAGCCAUAGAGAAGCUGAAGAGCCAGGCCCUGGAGAUCCUACUGUCCAAGGACUUCACAGAAAAAGAACACCUACAGCUCUCGAACCAGAAACUGAGUCGACUGCAAGAAGAGUUUGGUCGACUCAUGGUGGAAAGAAAAGCCUGGUUGACAAUGGCACAUGACUUUUUUAACAGGGCUAAUAAGGCAUUUGAUGUACUUGGAAAAGUCGAAGCUUACCUUAAGCUCCUUAAAUCAGAGGGUUUAAGCCUGCCUGUCUUGGCAGCGAGGCAUGAGGAAUUACACAGAGAAAUUAAAGACUCCGCAGCCGAUGCUCUGCAAAAGGGACAGGCCUUAAUCAGCCAAGUAGACUCCUGCGGCUCUAAGGUGACAGGUAUCCAUGAGAUGAUGGAAUGUAUUCAGAAACGAGUGGAUCAUCUCAGCGAACAGUGCACAGCGCACAAGGAAUUGGCUCUUAAGAAACAGCAAUUAGCAGCAUCUGUGGAAGACUACCUAAGGAAGGUGGAAAUGUCAAUUCAGGAAAUCAGGCCAGUUCUUUCUAACACAUUGGACAUCGGUUCCAGCCCUUCUGAGUCAGAGAAGAUUUUGAAUAAAUAUCUGGAAUUAGAUGUUCGAGCCAAGGAGGUAGCACACACAUUAGAAGCAGCUGCAAAAAUCAUGACAGAGAAAAAUGAAUUUGGACUCAGCGAAGUGGCAUUGCUUUCUUUUAAAAUGAAAUGGCUAGAAGAAGAAUUAAACACACUUGGUCGAAGGAUCAGCUACAGGUCACAAGUCCUGCAAGCUUAUGUGGCAUUUCGAAAGUCAUCAGAAGAGGUGAAGGAGCAGCUUCGGAGACUAAAGGAAUUUUAUCAGAUGGAAAUCCCUCAGAGAGAACAAGAGGAUGCUGAAGUCAAGCACUGCUCUGACUCUGCUGAGAGGCGGUGGCAGCUGUUUUUAAAGAAGAGCUUUUUGACCCAAGACUUAGGGCUUGAGUUCCUUAACUUAAUGAGUAUGGCAAAAGAGAAUGAGAUAUUAAGUGUUAAAAAUGAAAUGCACAUUGUGAAGGACAUCAUGGAAAAGCAAACGACCGCAAGGGAAGAACUCGGCCAUCUUCGGAUGACAUGGUACCUCAAAGCCACAGAAGGCAAGCCUGUGAGACAGAAGUGGGAAACAUUCAAAGAGAAACUUAAAAAGACUACUCACAAUGUAAAACUUCUUCAUGAAGUUCUUCUGCCUGUCUCUGCACUUGACCUUGGAGGGAGCCUUCAGACUAUGUCAGAUCUGCAAAGAAGAUGGAGUGCCAUGAAACCUCAGCUUCAGCAACUGCAUGACGAGGUUCAGCAUAUCAUGAAAGAAUGGGAAGUGUUAACUGGUCAGGGAGCCCCUUCGAAGGAGAAGUCUGAACAACUGAAGGACCUUGUUCAUCUCCAUGAGAGGCAGAGAGAGCGAAUCCAGGAUUAUGAGGAAAUCCUAUACAAGACAAUUCAGUUCCACCAAGUCAAGGAGGAACUGAUGCGUUUCAUCAAAUCGAGAGAACCGGAGCUUCUAGCGCAGCCCAUGGAACUGGGAGGAUCUAAGGAGAUCCAGAUGCAACUGGGCCGUUCUCAAGAAAGGCGGGCACAAGUAGAGCAUCUCCACCAGCUGGCCCUCUCCAUAGGAGUGGACAUCAUUUCAUCCUUACAACAGGCUAAUUACUCCCAUCUUUCUGCAAAGAACCUACAGCGGCAGCUGGAGGUCCUUGAAUUGGAUAGCAGGAUCUGGAGUGCCAAUGCCAAAGAAUACGAACAGGUCCUGUCCUGCAGCUUGGAGUACUGCACCACAAGAGAUGAGAUCGAUGAGCUUAAAGAGUCAUUCAAAGAUAUAAAAAAGAAAUUCAACAAUCUGAAGUUUAAUUACUCCAAGAAAAAUGAAAAAUCUCGAAACCUAAAGACUCUUCAAUAUCAAAUCCAACAAGUUGAUAUGUAUGCUGAAAAAAUUCAGGCUUUAAGGAAGAAAAUGGAAAAAGUUAAUAAUAAAACUUCUGAUUCAUUCUCAAGUUAUCCAAGUAAUAAAAUUAACAACCUUUUGGAACCCAUGGAGGAUUUGCAAAAGCAUGUGAAUGACUUUGACAAAGUUGUGACAGAUUACAAGAUGAAUUUGGACCUGACUGAACAUCUCCAAGAAGUAAUAGAAGAGUGUAACUUCUGGUACGAAGAUGCAAGUGCCACAGUGGUAAGAGUUGGAAAGUAUUCCAUGGAGUGCCAGACAAAAGAAGCUGUGGAAAUCCUCCACAGGCAGUUCAAUAAGUUUGUUGCUCCUUCAGUGCCUCAGCAAGAAGAAAGGAUUCGGGAGGUCAUCGAUCUUGCUCAGCGCCUAUACGGUUUGGAAGAAGGACAGAAAUAUGCUGAGAAGAUUGUCACAAGACACAAGGAGAUUCUUGAAUCUAUUACUGAAUUAUGUGGGUCUCUCGUAGAGCUUAAAGAAAAACUGAAGCAGGGAGAUGUUCCAAAGAUGAAUCCAAAGUUGGAAGCUUUCCAUGACAUUUGCAUUGACCUCCUAAAGGAGCCAGUGAGGAAUGAGCAGACACCAUUCAGUGAAGAAAGGAAUGAGGGGCAGAUGCGAGGAGAAGAUACCUUGGCCAUCCAUGGAGCCCGGGAAGAUGGGCUUCCUGUGGACUUGAGGCAGUCCUCACCUGACCAAGAGGCCAGUGCCCCGGGUCUGAUCCUGCCGGAAGACAUGUUGUCUGGGGAGGAGUCUGAGUGUAUCUCAUCUGACGACAUCUCCUUGCCUCCACUCCCAGCCAGCCCCGAGUCCCCUCUGGCACCAUCCGACAUGGAGGUGGAGGAACCUGCCAGCUCUUCCACCCUCAUGCUCCACGUCAGCGGCGGCAGGACACACGCAGGGACUGGUGUUCUAGGGGAGGCCCAGGAAUCGGUUCUCCCACCACCCGUUGCCUUUGCUGACGGGUGCCGUAAUGAGAAAGACACAUUUACAAGUCACUUUGAGAGGCCCUACCCCCAACUCAAAGCUGAAUCCUCGUUAACCUCCAAAGGAUCAGUAGAGAUGAGUACCAAAUUACACAUCCAUGUGAAAGGUCCAACAAGCAUGCCCCAUGAAGUGCACGACAGAGCUUUGCAGCAAGACGCCCAGGCUCAGGAGAGCUCGCUAGAAACCCAGGAGAAAGUGCAUGCCGAUUCUAAUGUCACUAAAACCCAGGACAGGCUGCAUGAUCCCCCUGAUGUAUCCCCCGGCCUCAGCUCUCAGUCAGGCACCAGCAGGAAGCAAGCAGGUCCCCAAGGAGACAGGAAAAACUCAUCUGCAGAGAGCAGCGUGGUCAGCCUAGCUGGCCAGGCGCCUCAUUUCUCCAGGCUGCUGUCCAAUGUAACUGUCAUGGAAGGUUCCCCGGUGACUUUGGAAGUCGAAGUAACAGGAUUCCCAGAGCCUACACUGACAUGGUGGGUAGCCUAUAAUGACAAACCGUAGACAGAAAUAAUGGCUGCUGAGAGUAUCUUGUAAUGUGUGAACUAACCUAAAGGUUUAGGGCUGGCUGACUAACCCUCCUGACACUCAACUCUGCAUGAUUUGAUCUCACAUCACACCUCAACUUUCGUUUAACUAAAAGCCCUUUAAUACCCUUGGUGGGGGGGAAAGUAACCAUGUGAAAUAAUGAUUUAACAGCCUCCAGGAAGCAGGGAAGUUGAUUCUGUUUGGUUUUCUUUCCAUUUAACAUUCCUCAUUUCUGAUAAUCAAGUCCUGAAAUUCCGACCCUAUUGUCUGUUUCUACAUGGCAUUUUCUUGGUUUAACAGCCUCCAGGCAAUUAAAAAGCCUGAGAAACCAGAAACCGAAGGGUUUUUUCCUUUCCUUCCUUCAUGCAUUUCAUCUUUCCAACAGAACCGUGGGUGCCCACCUUUGUGAUAUUUGUUUUGCUAAGGUUCCUUUUUAUAAACAUCUUUAGUAUGAAAGGUGAGCCACUUCUUUUACAGUUACUCCAGGUGGCUGAUAAUAAAGUCAUUGUUUGAAAAGUGACGUAAUAAUUGAGCUGUGAACUUGGUAAAAGCAAACUGUAAAGUCAAGGUGCUAAAGCACCUGCCAUGAAUAACAAGGCAGUUCCAGCAUUUCCUGUGGGGGUUACUUUUAAACCUUCACAAAAUUUUCAUCCUCCAACAGAUUCAUUUGAGAACAAACUAACAAGCGACGGUGAGUUUAUAAUAGGCUAAGAUAAGUAUGUUGUAUUUAAUUUCUCAGGCAUUUUCAGUAAAAGUUGUUUUAUUUUAGCAUGUCCCAUUGAUGGUAUUUGACUUGUGGCCCAGCUAUUUAAAGACUUUAGGAGAAAACUUGGGCACUCAGAUAGUAAGAGAAUCUGCAAACAGAUGUAAGUGCAGAAAAUAGCACUUUUUUUGUUUUGUUAUUUUUACAAUUGCAUGGUUUUUACACAUCAAAACUUUUGUAUUUAUGGAUUCCACAGAUAUUUUAUUUCAUAAUUAAAUAUUAGACCCCAAAGAAAGAUGCCGUCUGAGGUGUUUCUUAUUUUUUUUCUCCAAUACAAACAAGCAGCUCCAUUAGGGUUAGUACAUAUGGCUGAAGAGUUGGCGCAACAUAUGUAUUAUUGAAGAACUAGUACAAAUGGCAAAAGGUAAAGCCAUUUUCCCAUCAGGUCUAGAGGAGGUUUGCCCAGUGAACACUUACUUGACAGUCCAUCAGGGAGCUAUGCAUUCCAGGACACUCUGAGAUGCAAGAAUAUCUCUUAGGCAGAAAACUGACUUUGGAGCUGGCCCAAGCAUGAGGACCUGAUCUCAUUGUAAAAGCUGGGUACAGUGAAGAGCACCUGUGAUCUCAGUCCUGGGGUGCUGGAGACAGUAGCUGAAUCCCUGAGCUCAUGUGGGGAGACCCUGACUCAGGCAAUAAAAUGCAGCCUGGUAAAGGAAGACAUCUGAUGUGAGCACCUGGGCUCCACACACAGGUGUCCCAUACACAGACACACACAUAAAAAAUUGACUUGGGUUUCUCAUCGGUCCCUAUGUGGAAGAAAGUGUUUAUAAAGACAUAGAUAUGGAAUGUAAGAAAUAAAUUAUUUGCUGCCUAAAAUGAUCCAGGUAAGUGUUCAUGUUCAGAGAGAAAUUUUAGAAACAGGUCAUUUAGAGUCAAGAGGUAAUGUCAUAAAUGUUUUUUAUAAUGAGAAGUCAUUGUCUUCUAAUGAACUUAAUUCACAAGUAAAGUGAGCUCCUUUCAGCGGAAGAGGCGUAGGGUCCCUUCAUUCACAUGUGCAUGUGUCCUGCUGGGAGGCUCUGCUGUAUGAACACCAAGGGCAGAUGAACCUCACUUCUGUAUAGAUGCCAGGCAGGAGUCACAGCUGCUGCUAAGAGCUGCAGAUAGGGUGAAGCAGGCUGGAUAUGUGGGUGCCACUUCACACUCUAGGUAACUGUUGCCACAAGCAAAUGGUGACCCAGUAUGACCAGAUGGUCUGCUGUGCUGUGGUGUGUGUGUGUGUGUGUGUGUGUGUGUGUGUGUGUGUGUGUGUGAUUUUAAAGAAUAAGUGAAUUAUGAAUUUUCAUCUAUAAUAUUCUGUUAAAUGCUAUCACAGAACUUUCAAAAAUACAAUCUGAGUCAAUCAAUGUGAUUUUUCUGGCCACAGGAUGAUAAACAGUCUCAUUGGCAUACACUGUAGCUAGAUAAUUCCUGCUAAUAGUAGAGAAUACUGCAAUGGGGAUGGGCCUGUCUGCAAUAGGUAUGAGAACUUUGAGAUGACAGAAUCAAGAAGUGAUCCUGACUUAAAACUGACUCUCU